AGAUGUGGCUUUCUGAAUGGACGCACUUCGCCCUUGUGGGCAACGACCAGACCUGCAUACUACCGCACUGAAUAGUACACCAGAACACGACACACCCAGUGGCACGUGUUGUUAUUGUCGCAUACUGUGUAGUGCGGAAGUGUGCAGUGUCCCUGUGGUUCUUCGCCUCUAAACUUCUCUGCAUGCUCCAUAUUUCAUGUUUUAGGGCUUUUUCUUGUGGAUGCACCACCUGUCUGUGUCGGUUUGACUUUAUUUCUGGGUGGCGGUGGAUCUGGAGAAUAUCCCUGGAACACAGAGCAUGAGGCAGGAACACAGCAUGAAUGGGAUGCCAAUCCAUCACAAGAAUGGAACAGCCACUGAUGCCUCGGGAAUCUGGCCGGUAUGUGGCGGAGCGGAGCCGGGACGUCUUUGUGGACGAGGAAGGGGUUAAGAAGGUGGCAGAGAUGCUCUACACGCUGAGAGACAGUGAGGUGUUCACAGCCAGCGGUUGGAAGAUGAUGAACCCACUUGCUCCCUCUCCGGACACAGAUGAAGCCAUUAACUGGGUGUUUGUGACAGACACUAUGAACUUCUCCUUCUGGCCUGAUAGAGAGGACCAGCAGUGUGAAGUGAACCACAGAGGAACCACAUACCGUGGCUACAUGUCUCUGUGUGCAGCUGUCACCAGGGCUAUGGAUGAGGGUGUGCCUAUAACUGACCCUGCCUACUUCUCCCAGAUGAGCGAGGACGACCUGGCGCAUGUCCUUCGGUCAGAUAACGACACACCCAUGCCCAUGCUGAAGGAGCGUCACCAGGCCCUCACUGAGGCUGGCCGUGUGCUCAUGCAGCAUGGUGGAUCUUUCCGGAGCUUCAUAAGCCACGGGCAGAAUGAUGCUGAGAAAAUGGUGCGGUACAUCGUGGAUAACAUACCCUCCUACAGGGACGAGGCUACGUAUGAGGGCAAGAGGAUUUCCUUCUAUAAGAGGGCUCAGAUCCUUGUGGCAGAUUUCUGGGGGAUCAUGGAGGCCAGAGGUGAGGGGAACAUCCCCAACCUGGACUACCUGACCAUGUUUGCUGACUACAGAGUGCCACAGGCCCUCGUCUAUCUGGGAGCACUACGCUACUCAGAUGCUCUCAUGGAGGCACUGAAAAAGGGUGAGCUGCUGAGUUCAGGUGAGAGGAGAGAAGUGGAAAUUCGUGGCUGUUCAAUCUGGUGUGUGGAGAAAAUCAAGAAUGACCUGUGGCAGCUUGUGCAGGAGAGAGACGGGAAGAGCUGUGGCAUAAACUCAGCUCUCAUCGACUUUUAUCUGUGGCCUUAUGCGAAACAACACCAUGAAGACAUGGCUCACAUUCCCAUACACCACACACGCUGUAUAUAUUACUGAAACAUCUACAGAAUCCUUUACUUUUUUAUAAAAUAUCUGAUAAGUGUCUGAAUGUAAGUAACUGCUUGUAUUUGUUGGAAUAAAACUGGGGUAAAUGAAAGCAC